AUGGCUUUCCAUCGCGAGUCUCGUCAGUUCUCUGUUGGCGGAGAUCCCUCUGGUUCGACUUGCGCGGCGGCGCAGAAGCCGAGAACGUCUGGUUUAGAUGUCGACAAUGAUGAGAUGAUGUUCUCAGCGGAUCAUGAAUCCCGAUUGUUUCAGAAAGGAGGGGGUGUGCAGCGUUGCCUUCAUGGUUCAUCCAUUCGGACGACGCGGGGGCGGGGGAGUGAGGACCGAGACUGGAUUGCUGACGUAAGCAAUGGGAUCCCCACCGGGGAUCGUUCGGAUGGUAUGGAAGAUGAAGACGACGACGAACGUCAUGAUCUCGAAGAAGAUGGAGAGGACGAGGGUCGGAUCUUUCAGAAAGACGGUACCGAAGGCAAUCAGAACAACGGCAGCAGUAACCUCCAUUGCAGGUCUGAGAAGGUUCACCAGGACACUACGGAUCUACUCGUUCGCCAUUCUUCCUUUGGUAAGAAAAGGUCGAUUCAUAUUCUUCACACUUCCCGCUAUCAUCUAUCGUCGGCACUCAUUGAGUGGUUAAUAUCGGACCUCAGGAUCCAGAAGAGAAGUCUUGGCGGAGGAUGGGAAUGGCGACACUCACAUGGAGAAUUUCAACGGGCAGCAGAAGAAGCAGUAUCGUGCGGCUGAUUAUGAUAAGCCAGAUUCUCUUUCAGGAACAGAUUCAGAUGGUACUCAGACUUUACAAGGGGGAGAUGGACCAGACAAGCAUCAGGAGGAGUUAGGAAGGGAGAAGGAGCAUGAUUCUACCAGAGGGAAAGAAACGUCUUCCUCACUUGACUCAGGGGAGUGUGUCCGGAUGCACCUGUCCGACCCUAUAACGUGAGUGACAAACGUAUCUUGAAACUAUAUUCCUUUCAAACUGUAUUCCGAUGGAAUAAAUAGCCUAGUUUGCACCAGUGUUUGUGAAUAUGAUGACUUGAGUUUUUGUAAUUUCUGGGCGUCCCCUAGAUUCGCACCGAACUGGAAGUGUAAUUACCCCACUUUUAUUCUAGAAUAAGGGAGAGCUUCUGUAGAAGGCACCUUCAUUCUAUAAAUAAAGCAUGCUUCUUGGUCUAUACGGUCACAUAUACUGUAAUUCAUCUACAUUCAUGCAUGACUCCGUGUGUUCAUUUAUUUUAUUAUUUUUAGCGGCAAUGUACCCUAACAAUACUUUUUUGAAACAAUAUCUGACUAUUUCUUUAUCAUCUAGAUUUCAAAAUGAAUGAGAGAUUGGUGCUAGAAUGAUUGUUCAAAGCAAAGAAUAUUUAUAUAUCUAUAUAUGCAUUGUAAUGACUCGUGUAAAAGAGUUGUAAACCCAAUCAUUCUGAGUUAUUGUUUUAACUUCCCAACUAGCCUGAUUUUUACCGCUGUAAGGGUUUCUAAACAUGACGAAAUCGUGCCAGUUUGAUCAAGAUCGCUUAUAUCUGUACUUUUUCAGAGGUGCUCUGAUGGAUGAUGCAAUGAUCCUAUUUUGCGGUCAUUCUUAUGGAAGUGCUGGGAUGCAGCAUGUUAUUAGAAUGGUAGGUGCUCGUGUUCGAAUUUGGAACAACUUUUAUUUUUGUUAAAUCAUCCAUUUCUAUUUCAGAAAGGGAUACCGUUCACUAUGCGCAUGAUCCGGUUAGUGUGGAUAAUGCAGCACAUCCUUUCAUCAGAUCAUGUGUCGUAAGAGCACAAUGCCAGAAAUUGACGAUCUUACCAUGUUUUCAUCUCGUCUAAAAACAAUUCUUCAAAUAUUCAGUGAGUCUUAGGCUAUGAUUUUUGGGUGGUCACAAGCAUUCUGGACUAAGCACAAAAGUGGACGUAUAUUAGACUUAUUCUUGUUUAGUAUCUAUUUAGUUUCAGACUUGGGUAAUUGCUUACAAAUUAUGCGGUGAACUGAUUGAGUUUUAGAUAUCUUCUCAGCUAGAGCAAUGAUUGACUUCUGAUACAUUCUUUGCAUACUGGUGCCAUUGUCCCCUGUUUAAUACUUUUUGUAGUUCAUUCACAUUUCCUAUUUUUUAUGACUUUUCUUGUUGUUUCACUAUGCAGAAAUCUUGUUUUAAAUGCCAGCAGCCAGUUUCGGAGGAAAAGAUGCUACCAAAUUUGGGUACGAUGGCACUUCUAGUUUAACUCCCCAGUUGUAUAUAUUCAUUUCCUUCUCGAUGUUCUAUGGGUGUAUAAUUUAUUCUUUUUUAUUUCCAAAAAUGACCACUUAAGCACUAUUAAUCUUGACUAGCGGGAAAAUAUCUUAAUUUUGGUUGCUGGAACCUUUUCGCAACGGAGUUUGGUUCAUGAAAGAGCUUUAGCUCAGCUUGAUCGAGUGUUGAAUUUGGUAAUGGCAACCACAGUUCUUCGUGCUGCUGUACGAGCAUUCCGUCAUGAAGAAGAGUUUCAGUUUUCUCGGUCAGCUAAAAGAAAGAGGGACAGAUCAGACGUGGUAGUUAUUUUCUUGAAUCGCAUUUUCAGAAUUUGGUUUCUUGUCACCAUAGCUCCUGCUAUCCUUUUCCUUUGCCUUGAGCUGCUCUUCUUUUUCCCGUACAUAGGCAAAGCGUGACUAUGGUUAUCCUUUCUCAACGGAUCUCACAAGGGGUAAAGGUGUUCAGUUUCCAUUUGCUGUUUCUGACAGGGUGAUUAUCAAGGUACGUUGCAGGCAAAUUUCAAUCUACCAACAUGCCAACAAUUAUCACUAGCAUCAUUUUUGAUCAAGUUAGCCAUAUCUGCUCUAGCAAUGGACUAGACUUGCCGUCUAUUUAUUUCUUUUUAAGCAUUUGAUGUAGCAUCUUGAGGGAACUGUUCACAGGGAAACAAAAGGACACCAGACCGUUUCAUUGGACGUAUUGCUACUGUUACAACACAAUGCUUAAAUGGAUGGUUUGUGCCUUCUCUUUUCUUUUGGUUAUUUUAUCUCAUCGAUGCUUGAUCACAUUGUUCCAUUCCAGUAUUUUCAUCUUGAGGAUCUUUGCUGCGAAAUACAACAUUCCUCCAGAUUCUUUUCAAAAUCUAGAUAAAAUUUUGAGAGCUGUUCUAUUGUUGUAGAAGCUCAGAUCUCUACUACUAUGAUGUUAGUUUCCCAAGCAUGAUUAUCACAGAUGUUGAUGAUGAUGAAACAGAAAAUAACGCACUUCUUGUAGCAGUUAAUAUCAGCUGAGGUUAAUCAUGCUUUCUUUCGAGCUUACCAUAUAUUUUCACUCUGACUCUCAGCUCAUUUUCCCCUCAAAUGUUUACUCCUAUGGUGCCAAGUUCUUGUGAUUUAUUUGAUCUUAUAGUUUAAACUCAAGAUAUAUUAUUUCGUUACUAUUAUUUCACGUUCAUCACCUUCCAAAUGAGGAUCCAAGAGAUAGAAGUGCAGCACCUUAGCCUUUCAAUCACCCAGUAGAGGUGUCCAUGUUGAGAUAUUCUAUGUAGAUUUUUCUGUUAACUAUGUAUUAUGUACAUUUCCAUUUCAAAAAUAAAUAAAUUUGCCCAUGUUGAGAGUAUUCUAUCUGCUGUGUUGCCCUCUCCCAUGCCUUCGAAAAUCCACUCUUCCCUCAAGCAUCAUGGACAAUCUAGAAGACAAUGCAGGCGGCCAUACGCAUGAAAACAUGCAUAGGAUUUUUCCCUUUUGGAGUGGACCUGGAGGGGCGGUGCCCACGGAGACGAAAAACUCAAUUUUCUUUUUUUGUAAAAUUUUCCGAGGCUGAUUUUUCUAUAAUUUUAGAGUUACCCAUUGAACCCUAAGCUUUCGUCCAAUACAUUGGUGCCUGUUAGGUAUGUAGUGAAGACCUUGGAUAACGCCGAGUGCAUCAAGCUGCAGUACCGUUCAUUGGUCAAGAUGGCAGAUGAUCCCACCUCACAGGCGACCAACCCUCUGCAGGAAUGA